GUAGUUGUCUUAAUUAAUGAAUGAAUGAGAGUGUGAUGGAAUGAAUCGUGCAGCCAAAUUGAAUUGAAUGAAGCAAACAGUAUCAUUCUAGUUCUAUCUAGCAAGCAUCACCAACACUAUGGGGGUCCCAGCUUUUUACCGGUGGCUCGCCGACCGUUACCCACUCUCAAUCUCCGACGUAGUCGAAGACGACGACGUUCCGUCCCCAAUCGAUGCUUCUAAACCCAAUCCCAACGGAAUUGAGUUUGAUAACUUGUACUUAGAUAUGAACGGUAUCAUUCACCCUUGUUUUCAUCCUGAUGGCAAGCCAUCACCAGCUACUUAUGAUGAAGUUUUUAAAUUGGUAUUUGAUUAUGUUGAUCAUCUCUUUUCUUUGGUUCGUCCAAGGAAGCUUCUUUACCUUGCAACUGAUGGUGUUGCACCAAGAGCCAAAAUGAAUCAGCAACGUUCCCGACGGUUCCGAGCUGCAAAAGAUGCAGCUGAGGCUGAAGCCGAAGAGGAAAGGCUGAGGAAAGAAUUCGUCGAGGAGGGAGCACUUCUGUCUUCUAAGGACAAGCCUGAGACUUCAGACUCAAAUGUCAUUACCCCUGGUACUAAAUUUAUGGCAUCUCUGUCAGUGGCUCUUCAGUAUUAUGUACAGACUAGAUUGAACCACAACCCUGCCUGGAAAAAUAUAAAGGUUAUACUUUCUGAUUCGAAUGUUCCUGGUGAGGGAGAACAUAAAAUAAUGGAAUACAUCCGGUUACAACGUAACAUUCCUGGUUUCAAUCCGAAUACUCGACAUUGUUUGUAUGGAUUGGAUGCUGAUUUGAUUAUGCUCUCUUUAGCUACCCACGAGGUUCACUUCUCAAUAUUGAGGGAGGUAAUUACUUUACCUGGACAAGAUAAGUGCUUUGUGUGUGGCCAAGCUGGCCAUUUUGCAGCUGAUUGUCAUGGUAAGCCAGAAACUAAAGCUGAGGACGGGAAUCCUGCUGAUGAAAUCCCAAUUCACAAGAAGAAAUAUCAGUUUCUUAACAUCUGGGUGCUUCGUGAAUAUUUGCAAUAUGAAUUGGAGAUUCCCAACCCUCCUUUUGAGAUUGACUUUGAACGAGUAGUGGAUGAUUUUGUAUUUCUGUGCUUCUUUGUUGGCAAUGACUUUCUUCCUCAUAUGCCAACAUUAGAGAUCAGAGAGGGAGCUAUAAAUUUACUGAUGCAUAUAUAUAGAAAGGAAUUCACUGCCAUGGGUGGUUAUCUUACUUAUGCGGGUGAGGUUUUCUUAGAUAGAGUAGAAUAUUUUAUCCAAUCUGUCGCUGUUCAUGAAGAUCAAAUCUUUCAGAAACGAGUUCGAGUUCAACAGGUGGCAGAAAAUAACGAAGAGAUGAGAGCUAGGGUAAGAGGAGUAAUACUUCAAGAGCCACGGGCCUCAUUUUCUGAUAAGGUCAAGUUAGGGGAGCCUGGAUACAAGGAAAGGUAUUAUGCUGAAAAGUUUGGUGCAUCAAGUCUGGAGGAGAUUGAUAAAGUUAAGAAAGAUAUAGUUUUGAAAUAUGUGGAAGGCCUUUGUUGGGUUUGCCAGUAUUAUUAUAACGGUGUAUGCUCAUGGAAAUGGUACUACCCGUAUCAUUAUGCUCCUUUUGCUUCUGAUCUUAAAGAUCUACCUAAUCUAGAAAUAAUUUUUUCCCCCGGGGAGCCAUUCAAACCAUUUGAUCAGCUUAUGGGGGUCCUGCCUGCUUCAAGUUCAAAUGCACUGCCUGACAAAUAUAGGGAUUUGAUGACCGAUCCUUCAUCACCUAUUUUUCACUUCUACCCUGCUGAUUUUGAGAUUGAUAUGAAUGGAAAACGAUUUGCAUGGCAGGGUGUUGCCAAAUUGCCAUUUAUUGAUGAGAAGAAAUUGCUUGCUGCCACAAGGAAGCUUGAAGACACAUUAACGAUGCAGGAGGAAGAACAGCGUCGGAAUAGUGUGAUGCUUGAUUUGCUUUAUGUCAACCGUGCACAUGAUUUGGCUUCACAUAUUUUACUGUAUUACCAAGUUUUUGGUCGAUUAGCCACUCAUGAAAGAUGUGUUUCACCAAUUAACGCAAAUGCUAGCAGUGGUGGGAUGAACGGAUAUCUUUGGGCAUGUGAGAGAAAUGUUUUGAGCUCUAUUGCACCGUCUCCCAUUGAUGGAUUGCCAGAUAUCGAGAGUAAUCAAGUCUUAAAUAUUACAUAUCUCAAUCCUUGUAGACAUGGACACAUCCCAAAACCUCCGGAUGGUGUAGUGAUACCCAAAAAGAUAAUAAAAGACAUUGAUAUCAAACCUUCUCCUGUGCUAUGGCAUGAAGACAAUGUUGGUCGGGGACAGCAAGGAAGGGAAAGGUCGCAAGUACCUGGAGCAAUAACUGGAUCUCAAUUAGGAGAAGCAGCUCAUCGUCUUGUCAAGAACACCCUUAACAUUAAAUGGAAUAAUACAUCCCACGGAGUGUUGGAGCAACCUCCAGUUCGCCAUACAACAAACAGGUUCCAAUCAGCUGGACCAUCUAGAUAUGGAAAAUAUUCUGGCGAGAACACUAACAGUUAUUAUGGAGAACAUAAUCAUCAUGGCGCAAUGACUAGACAUAGAUAUCCAGUCUCAUCUAAUGCUGGGCAGGUGGACAGACAAAAUUUUAGAACACAAGAUAGGCCACGGCAUCAAGAACAGUUCCAAAAUGUGAAGACUGGGUUUUCUGCUUUAACAAUGGAGGAAGGAUUGAGACCUGCACCAUCGAGGCCGCCAAUUUCUGGACCAACAACCAAUUUAGAACCCCGAUUUGUGCAGAACUCAGGUCCUCCAGUACGUCCACUAAAGUGGAAUACUAAAGCACCUAUAAAUGGAGUGUAUCCUAGGCGUCAAGAAGCUGCAUCUGGGGUAGUGCCUCAUCAUAAGCAGGUAAAGAAGGUUUACCAAGUUAAAACACGUUUGCCCCAAGAAACUCCAGAUUCUGGUAAUCAAUAGUGGUGGUUGUGGGUCCUUUUGUGUUUGAGGUGCCUUGGUUUCUCUCUGCCCACUCCUCAAAGUGGAGAUAUGCUGUUUCCACCUGUAUCCUAGUUACAUAACUGAUAACAGGGGUGCAUGUUGAUACCCUCAUGUGAUUCAUUUGACAGAAUAAUAAUGUUUGAAGUUUUAUAUGAUGAUAAGAUGCAGUGGAGGUGCUGCUCUGAUUUGCCCUGGUUUGACAUGGUACCUCGAUUAGUGUACCAGGAUUUGGAAAGAUGCAAAAGCUACAAGAUUUGCUAUUUUCUUGGAUUAGAAUGUAACUGAUGUAGGCUGGUGGAGAACAUCAAAUUGUGGGAUAGGAAUUUAGCGCAAUUGGUGUUUUGUUCCAUGUCAUGGAACAGGUUGUUAUAUUCCGUGUGUAAAGUCUUGAUGGGUUGUGUAACUUUUCUUUACAGUUAAUUAGAAGUUGUACAUAUUUUAUGUGAAUAGAAUUUGACAAGCGUAGCGGGGAAUGUUAGCAAUUUAGCUGGGAUUGUUAAUUGCCAUGCCCAUCAUCUGUAUUUUGCAAUUGUAUGUUGAAAAAAAGCUGAAAAAGAUGGUGUUUGCCGAA